AACAUGGCGGCGCCGUCUAAUUUGCUAAAGAACAAAGGCUCCCUACAGUUUGAAGACAAAUGGGACCUGAUGCGCCCCAUCGUUCUGAAGCUCCUGCGGCAGGAGUCCGUCACCAAACAACAGUGGUUCGACCUGUUCUCGGACGUCCAUGCUGUUUGCCUGUGGGACGACAAAGGUCCAGCUAAGAUCCACCAGGCUCUCAAAGAGGACAUCUUAGAUUUCAUUAAACAAGCUCAAGCACGUGUGCUGAGUCACCAGGAUGACACGGCGCUCCUGAAGGCCUACAUUGUGGAGUGGAGGAAGUUCUUCACGCAGUGCGACAUCCUGCCCAAACCUUUCUGCCAGCUGGAGAUCACUCUGAUGGGCAAGCAAGGGAGCAACAAGAAGUCCAACGUGGAGGACAGCAUCGUGCGCAAACUGAUGCUGGACACGUGGAACGAGUCCAUCUUCUCCAACAUUAAAAGCAGGCUUCAGGACAGCGCCAUGAAGCUCGUCCAUGCCGAGAGGCUGGGAGAGGCCUUCGAUUCCCAGCUGGUCAUCGGAGUUCGAGAGUCGUACGUGAACUUGUGCUCCAAUCCUGACGACAAGCUGCAGAUCUACAGGGACAACUUUGAAAAAGCCUACAUGGAUUCUACCGAGAGGUUCUACAGAACUCAGGCACCGUCGUACCUCCAGCAGAACGGGGUCCAGAACUACAUGAAAUAUGCAGAUUCAAAGCUGAGGGAAGAAGAGAAACGAGCUUUAAGAUAUCUGGAGACGAGACGCGACUGUAACUCCGUACAAGCUUUGAUGGAGUGUUGCGUCAAUGCACUUGUAACAUCCUUCAAGGAGACCAUCUUAGCCGAGUGUCCAGGCAUGAUCAAACGAAAUGAGACGGACAAGUUGCACCUGAUGUUCUCGCUCAUGGACAAAGUCCCCAGUGGCAUCGAGCCCAUGCUGAAGGACUUGGAGGAGCACAUCAUGAGCGCCGGGCUGGCUGACAUGGUGGCUUCAGCAGAGACCAUCACCUCUGAUUCAGAAAAGUACGUGGAGCAGCUGCUCACGCUGUUCAACCGCUUCAGUCGGCUCGUUAAAGAGGCCUUUCAGGACGACCCCCGCUUCCUGACCGCCAGAGACAAAGCGUAUAAAGCCGUGGUGAACGAUGCGACCAUUUUUAAAUUAGAGCUUCCGCUGAAACAGAAGGGGGUGGGAAUGAAAACUCAGCCAGAGUCCAAGUGUCCAGAGCUGCUGGCCAACUACUGCGACAUGCUGCUGAGGAAGACUCCGCUCAGUAAGAAGCUCACCUCCGAGGAGAUCGAGGCCAAGCUCAAGGAAGUGCUUUUAGUGUUGAAGUAUGUGCAGAACAAAGACGUGUUCAUGCGCUACCACAAGGCCCACCUGACCCGGCGCCUCAUCCUGGACAUCUCAGCCGACAGCGAGAUCGAGGAGAACAUGGUGGAGUGGCUCAGGGAAGUAGGCAUGCCAGCUGAUUACGUCAACAAGUUGGCCCGAAUGUUCCAAGACAUCAAAGUGUCCGAGGACCUCAACCAGUCUUUUAAAGAAAUGCACAAACACAACAAGCUGGCUUUACCAGCCGACUCUGUCAACAUAAAGAUCCUGAACGCAGGAGCGUGGUCGAGGAGCAGCGAGAAGGUGUUCGUCUCUCUUCCCACGGAGCUCGAGGAUUUGAUCCCCGAGGUGGAAGAUUUCUACAAGAAGAAUCACAGCGGCAGGAAGCUCCACUGGCACCACCUCAUGUCCAACGGCAUCAUAACCUUUAAGAAUGAGGUGGGGCAGUACGACCUGGAGGUGACCACGUUCCAGCUGGCCGUGCUGUUCGCCUGGAACCAGCGGCCGAGGGAACGGAUCAGCUUUGAAAACCUCAAGUUAGCCUCCGAGCUACCGGACGCCGAGCUGCGACGCACCCUCUGGUCUUUGGUGGCGUUCCCCAAACUGAAGCGGCAAGUGCUGCUGUACGACCCGCUCGUGUCCUCGCCCAAAGACUUCGCAGAAGGAACGUUAUUCUACGUCAACCAGGAGUUUUCUCUCAUAAAAAACUCAAAGGUGCAGAAAAGGGGGAAGAUUAACCUGAUCGGUCGGCUGCAGCUCACCACGGAGCGAAUGAGAGAGGAGGAGAACGAAGGCAUCGUUCAGCUCAGGAUCCUAAGAACGCAGGAGGCCAUCAUCCAGAUCAUGAAGAUGAGGAAGCGCAUCAACAACGCCCAGCUGCAGACGGAGCUGGUGGAGAUCCUGAAGAACAUGUUUUUACCACAGAAGAAGAUGAUCAAGGAGCAGAUCGAGUGGCUGAUAGACCACAAGUACAUAAAGCGGGAUGAGACCGAUAUAAACACCUUCAUCUACAUGGCGUAGCACACGACGAUGACUCGUGCUAACGUCAGUGGAUCCAGCCUGAAGGACACUAGACACUAGAAUAUUCCAGGCCUCCCGUCCUCUACUGAGAAGUAAAAAAAUCCAAUCUUGUGCAGGGAGAAAUUAAUCAAGACUGAGACUUAUUUAAAACAAAACUUCCUGCCUUAAACUUGUACAAAGAUUUAAAACGGUUGAUAUCACAGCAGCAGUGGAGUCUGCACCAAGCGGUGGGAGCCGUUUUUAAGUGGGGGGGGGGGUCUUCUUUGCUGCCUGGAUGAGGUUAUUAAAUGUCCACGGUCUGUUUCUGACGUCGCUCUGCGUCUCGUCGGCCACCACUACACUCCUGCUCAGUGCUUGCACAAGUCCGAAAGGCGUGCUGACAGGAAGCACCGAGGAAACACCUACAGCCCGAAUCGAACCCAGAACACUCGAACUGAACGCUGCCGUCUUUCCUCGGAGGCGAUGCUGCUAAAACCCACCU